AUGUGCCCCGGUCUAACGAGUAAAGGUGCUAGGAUGGAUGAAGACUUACCAGCUGAUACCAUUGUUGGUGUGUUUGCUGAGGGAAAGGAGCAUGCUCUUGCAAUAGGACUGACAAAAAUGUCUACCGAAGACAUUAAAAAAAUCAACAAGAAUAUAGGUGUUGAAAAUGUUCACUACUUAAAUGAUCCAUUAUGGAAGAGUUUUAUAGAAGCAUAG